GGUGGGUUGGGCGCGGUGUGUACACACGGGAAGGUGAACGGCCUCACAGUGCGUGCUUGGCCAACACACCGUGUUCGAGCGAAUAUUUUCACAUCUCACGUGAUAACCAAGACAGUGUAUCGAUACAAAUCAGUUUAGCGAUAGACAGCGUGGAACUUCAACUAAGGCGGAAAAAGGGUUAUUUUCUUUCACAUACAAUGCAGGGAUCUUCAGGCGUAGGUACUUCGCGCAUUCUUGGGAAGGGGCCUGAGUUCUUACGCAAGCAACUUGAACUAGAAAGCGAGGGCAAGGCGGGUAUGACGGCCGCGGAAAGACUGGCAGCUAGCAAGCCCCGCUACGUCAAGAGCCAACAGGUGGUCAACUCGACGCAGGAGCCGGUGAUCUGCCUCAACACGAAUUCUGUAAGUAGCAACGAUUCAUCCAACAGGAGUUCGAGUAAGAGCGGGAAUGAAAAGGCGACAGCUGAAAAAACAGUCUCAGGUGAACCAUCACCACCUGAGGACACUGUUGCCGUGAGACGCAGCAGCUCCAAAAAACGUCCAGAUUCACUAAUGUUGUACAGACAGAAAUGUGAGCUAAUACGGGGAUCGCCUGGGGUCAGGCACGAACGUAUUCAGGCCCGGAGAAUGCUACUGAACACCAUCAAAGACAAGACGGAGACAGUGACCGAGAUCAGGGGUAAAGAUGGCCAAAAGGAGGAGAAGGCGACCGAAGCCGAUGCGAGAAAAGGUGGCUCAAAAGAUUCCACUCCUGCUCCCGCUGUUGCACAAUCUGAAAACCGGCCUAAAGUGGACAUAUGCGCACAGCAGGAGAACACGGUUACCGGAGAUGGCCAGGAGCGGCCCCGACACAAGAGAGUGACCGAGGUUGAGCGCAGGGCGCGGAGAGGGAACGGAUUGGAACGAUCCCACUCUGACAUCAGCUCUCGGUACUCGAAAAACUUCGCUGAUUUCGACGCCUUCUUCACCUACUGCGGCCUUGAAGGCGACGUUGUCACCUCCCUUGGGAAAGAGAACUUCUCUGCACGCUCUGACGAAUUGGCGAGCAAAAUACGCAGCGUCAGUGUCAGUACUUCUGAAGACCGGUUCUCCCGGAGCAGUGGCUGCAGCGCCGGGCUGCAGGAGGAGGAAUUGCUGGAGAAUGCCCGCCAGGCCACGUCUGUAAUUGAGCGCAACGCACGGAUAAUUAAGUGGCUAUAUAGCUGCAGAAAUGCCACGGAAUCCGGCAAAACCCUACGAGAGCUGGCUUAAGAUUGUCCUUUUUGCUGUCUCUCAGAUAUGCAAGAUUAUUUUGUACAAUAUAUCCUCCAUAAUGGACACUGUCACAUAACUAAGGCCUGCUGUAUUCAAUAUUUGAUGCAAAGGCAUUGUUUUUUCUUUAUUUAAAUAUUGCUGCUGGAUCUUGGAUUUAUGGUCUGAUCAUAUGUAGCCUACAGUUGCAAUAAUACUAAUAGGCCAUGAUGAUGUUUGUUGUCUCUAAGCAUACACCUGUUUUCUCAGUGUUUUUGCUGCUGUGUGGUCAGGACCUGCAAUAGUGAGGCACCACAGAUCUGCUACUAAUCAGAAUGCAACAUGACACACACACACUUCAGAAUUAAGGCUUGUGGCUUGCCAGAAUAUGCCGCCCUUGGCAGCUAAAUUCUAGAAACUCACAUGAUGGAUGGAAUGUGUCCCUCGGAGUAAUCAACAUUCCUAGCCUGGAGUGUCAGAAAACUGCUGUCAGAUGUGUUAUGUUUGUUCUGUUACUGUGUCAUAGGUAGCAUGGAAAACAGUGUGAAGACAGUGUGCACAUUUGUUUAUCUGUAUUUGUUAAUCCUUGACAAAUGAAACACCCAACAGUUAUCUCUGUACCUUACUUAUCUGUUACACACUAUCUUGUGUGAAAGGACUGUUUUCUGAGGCAAAAGUUACCACAUAGCUAUUCUGUUUGCAUUUAUGAUGAAAAUAUUUUUUCUGCCUAGAAGUAUUUCAUGAACACCACCACGGUGAGCAGCUAAAUUAGCCUCAUGAAUCUGACGAAGAGACUGGAGCAAUAUUUCUCCUCCAUCUUACAGACACACAGAGGUGAGGAGGAGCAACGAGACUUGAUCUUACCGAGAGUGCUCAGGAGAAGGUGUUUGCCUGGAGCAAGUCUUCCAUGAAAGCAGUUUUUCGCUGAAUCAUGUUUCAUGUUCAUGAGACUUUCUUAGAAUUAGGUGGCUGUUCUGGGUUGGGCCUUCCAUGGGUGUGUUACAUCUGUGGCUGCCUGUGAAGUGGAUGACAUCACCAGGGUCGGUCACCCCUUAUUGGCAGUUUCGCCAGGGUUCAGAUGGGGGCCUACUGUAAAUCCCUUUCCUGUUGGAUAAAAGACUAACUAAAAGACUGGAAUUAAGGGUUGAAUAUUAAGAAUACAGUAUAUCAGAUCAAAUGUUCAUCUCCUGCUUCCAAUACUCCAUAAAAAGUGUUUUUAUAUUUACAAAAUAAGAGUAUUAAGCUAACAUUUUUGUCUAUUUUCAGUUUCUUUUUUGUUACUUGCAUGUGUGUGUUAGUUUUUU